UUUAAGUAAGUAUUUUCUUGCAAAUAAAAUACGUUCAUAUUAGUGAUUGCAAACAAAAAAACAAGUGAUAAUAUUCAUAAAUGGACUAAUUUAAGAGUGCAAUCCCAGAAACCAAGAAAAUGGCUGAGUUUCUGGAUGAGAACAAUGCCUGUGGCCAGAAUCUGCUGAAUAUAGUGUCGGUGGGUAACUCCAUAAUAGCGGAGAUCCUGCGUCUCAAGGACUAUGUGCCCGCUAUUUAUAGAUUGGACAGCAAGGCAGAUAAGGCGAAAUAUGGCGAGAUUAUUCUGGAUUUCAGCUACUUUAAGGUGGCCGAGGAUCAUGAGAAGAAGAUCGAACAGAGUCCGGAAUUGACCGAACUGGAUGACGAGGCGCGGGCCCAGCUUCCGCUAAUCACUCGAUUUUACCUGGCCUUCCAGAGCAUCCAUCACUAUGCCUCUGAUCUUAAACAGUAUAUCGAGGAGCUAAACAGUGGCUACUACAUCCAGCAGACCCUGGAGACAGUUCUCCAGGAGGAGGAAGGACGCCAGCUGCUCUGCGAAUCUCUCUACCUGUUUGGAGUGAUUCUCCUACUCCUGGAUUUUCACCUUCCGGGCGAUGUGAGGGAACGUCUGCUGAUCGCCUACUAUCGUUAUAGUGGAGGAGAUGCCACACCCAGCGGGGAUGAGAGUAAUAUUCACGACGUUUGCCUACUCCUUCGCUCCACUGGCUAUGUCCAUCCCACGGAGGCGAGUAAAGUGCUAAGUUUGGGUGGCAAACAGGCAGCUGCUGCGGCUGCGAGCUUGGUGGUUCCCAGAUAUCCGGAGGCCUACUUCUCUCGCUUCCCCUUCGAUGAGAACUUUGUGGAUCUUGUGGUGGCCCGUCUCCGGUGCGAUGAUAUAUACAACCAGUUGACCCUGUACCCACAUCCUGCUCAUCGCUCCACGGCUCUGUCCACCCAGGCGGCCAUGUUGUAUGUGUGCUUGUACUUCUGCCCAAAAGUUCUCCAUUCCCAGGGCUCCCAGAUGCGUGAGAUUGUGGACAAGUUUUUCUGCGACAACUGGACUAUAUCCUUGUACAUGGGCAUCACGGUUAAUCUGGUGGAUGCCUGGUUGGACUUCAAGGCAGCCCGAUCUGCCAUAGAAAAUGUGAUAGGUCCGGCGGGGAUAAAGUCUCUUUGUCAGCAGCAAAAGGAGCAGUUGGGAAAGAUUAUGCAAAAGACCCAGGAAAUUGUUCGUGAGGGAGUCCUCAAUGAUGACUUUGUUUUGGAGCAUGCCAACAAGAUCAUACUGAUGAUGAGGCAAUCAAAUGUCCUGCUCCGUUGGUUUUGCUUGCACACCUCAAAGGAGGUCUUCGUCUUUGCGCAUACAGCCACUCUGCCUGGACAAGUGCAGCGAAUGGUGCUCCAGGAACUGCAAUUCGAUCGGAAUAUGCUGUACCACCUGUUGCUCAACUGCAGCCAAAUGGAACUGAGUGUCAGGGAGUUCUUGACGGAGAUUCAACAGACCAAAGAGGAGCGCUGGACGAAAAGCAGGGAUGAGACCAUGCAGAGGUUGAAGGAGUUAAGUGAGGCCUUUGCUGGCUCUAGACCUUUGACCAAGAUCGAACAGAAUCCUCAGUUGCAGCAAUGGUUUGGGGAAGUGGCAGGGCGUCUUCAGAAACUGGAGUUGAGUAGGCCACAAAAGUCAGGAAGGCUGAUCAUUCAGGUGAUGCAGGCGUUGGACGAAGUGCAGGAGUAUCACAAUCUUCAUUCCAACAUGCUGGUCAAGCAGCAGCUGCAGGAGACCCGGGAUAUGCUCAAUCGGAUGGCGCAGCUCAUCAACCUCAAAGAAGACAUCGAGAUCCACAUCCAAAUGAUCACCGACUUCAGCUACGCCUGGCAUCUUCUACAGCGCGAUUUUACGCCCCUCAUGCAGGAUCACAUUAAGCGACAACCGCAGGCGGUGAUUGGUAUCCGGGCAGUGUUCCUGAAACUGGCCAGCACACUGGAGGUGCCUCUGAUGCGGAUCAAUCAGGCCAAGAGCGAGGAUCUGGCUUCCGUGUCGAACUACUACAGCACAGAGCUGGCCAACUUCCUGCGACGCGUUCUGCAAAUUGUUCCAGAGACCAUGUUUAGCAUUCUGGCAAGGAUCAUCUAUCUGCUGACGAACGUGAUCAAAGAGUUUCCCACGCGAGUGGAAAAGGAGCGCUUGAAGGAUUAUGCCCAGUUCGAAGAGCGAGCAAAGGUGGCUCAGCUAACCAACUCCAUUGCUGUUUUCACUAAAGGAAUCCUAAUGAUGAAAACGACUCUAGUGGGUGUAAUCGAACUAGAUCCCAAACAACUAUUGGAGGAUGGGAUACGCAAGGAACUGGUGAACCACCUGGCCAAUGCCUACAAUCUGGGCCUCAUCUUUACGCCCGAAAAAGGCAAAACUCCUGUGCAGCUUCUCCAGCAAAAACUGCAAGCUCUGGCCAAAACGAUUGAAGGAUAUCGCAGGUCCUUCGAAUAUAUAGAGGAUUAUUUGAGAGUCCAAGGACUUCGCAUUCUGUUGGAGGAAUCGCAACGGAUCAUUAACUAUAAUGUGGAGAAGGAGUGCAACGCCUUUCUGCGCAACAAAGUCCAUGAGUUUCAAUCGGAGCACCAAAGUCAGAUUAUUCCAAUUCCCAAUUUUCCACCGCUGCUUGGAGAUCCCUCCAAUAACUUUAUUGGUCGUCUGGCCCACGAGAUCCUACGUUGCACGGAUCCCAAACAAACGAUUUUUCUAGACCUCAAAAGCACAUGGUAUGAGAAGAAAGCUCCACACCAGGAAGUGCUGGCUGGCUCUGGAUUCUUUGGCAUCCUUCGAGAAGCUGUGGCUCCGGCGGGAAUGGUAGGACUGGAGCGCCUGUACGCGCAUAUGUUGGCAGAUGAGUUAAAGCAGAACGUGGAAAGGCUACAACGAAACCUGACCUCGGAUCGCAUGUGGGUGGAUACUUUAGCCAGUCUGACCAAAGAACUGGAGGCAAGGGACUUCCCACUACCCGAGGUGGCCAAGCAGCCAUUGAAGUAUUACCAAUCGUACACUCAAAGGUGGCUUAAGGUGUGGCCUACGCUUCUUGAGUGGGUCUUGUCUAUUGGUCAGAAGCAGCUACUGCGACGAGAAAUCGCCGGAGAACUAAGCUUCAGCAGCAAAUGUGAUGCCAAGCUGUUGGAGAACACGGCGGAUACCCUAAACAAGGCUCUUCUGCUGGAACUCUCUCUCAGCAAGGAUCUGUGUGAUGAGCAGGGAGUGGCCAUGUUGACUGAACUGCAGGAAACACUUCUCUAUACGGGCAACUUUGAACCUCUGGAGCAGGUCUUUCUCACCACCAAAAACACCCAUAACAUGGCGUUGUUCCUGUUUCUCUUCACUGUUGCCCAUUUGGGUCGUCUGCAGCAUUCCACGAACACCGAUUGCCUUUUGCCAAAAUCCGCCAAAGAUAGCAUUGAUAAUGUGCCUUUCAUUGUGGGUCUAGUGACCAUCCUGCAGCAGUUCCACAGGAACGUCAAGAUGUUGUUCAUAUCCUACAUGAGUCAGUAUGUGGUGACCAUAUCAGAGGCUCAGUUAGUGGACAAGGAAAUCUUGGGUCCCGAGGUGGUCACCGCUCUCCACUUCCUGCUAGCUUUUAUACGCAUUGCUCGAUUGCCGCUUAAAGUGCUGGAGCAGCGCAUUCCCAAUAUUAUACUCAGCGAAUACGAGUAUCUAUCCACACCCUUAAAAUAAGGACAAAUAGUUUGGGCUACACAAACUUUAAUAAAUCCGAAAAACAUAACAAGGAAA